UCGCGGAGCUCCACAGGAGGCGCCAUGGCAGAGACCGCUCCCGUUGCUGCUCCCGAUGUCGCCGCCGCUCCGGCCCCGGCCAAGGCGGCCCCCGCCAAGAAGCCGAAGAAGGCGGCUGGCGGCGCCAAAGCCCGCAAGCCCGCGGGCCCCAGCGUCACCGAGCUGAUCACCAAGGCCGUGUCCGCCUCCAAGGAGCGCAAGGGGCUCUCCCUCGCCGCGCUCAAGAAGGCGCUGGCCGCCGGCGGCUACGACGUGGAAAAAAGUAACAGCCGCAUCAAGCUGGGGCUCAAGAGCCUCGUCAGCAAGGGCACCCUGGUGCAGACCAAGGGCACCGGCGCCUCUGGCUCGUUCCGUCUCAGCAAGAAGCCGGGCGAGGGAAAGGAGAAGGCUCCCAAGAAGAAGGCGCCCGCGGCCAAGCCCAAGAAGGCUGCAGCCAGGAAGCCGGCGGCUGCUGCCAAGAAGCCCAAGAAGGCGGUGGCAGUGAAGAAAAGCCCUAAGAAAGCCAAGAAGCCGGCAGCUGCUGCCACUAAGAAGGCAACCAAGAGCCCCAAGAAGGCGACCAAGGCUGCCAAGCCCAAAAAGGCAGUGGCCACCAAGAGCCCAGCCAAGGCUAAGGCAGUGAAGCCCAAAGCUGCCAAGCCCAAGGCGGCCAAACCCAAGGCAGCCAAGGCGAAGAAGGCAGCCCCCAAGAAAAAGUAAAUAUCCUGAAAAAACCUCCCGUCUGCUUUGCAGAUAAACCCAACGGCUC